UUUCUUGAUGUGCCACAUAUCUUUAAUUUCAUGAUCUUUUGUUUACCUUUUCUUUCCUAUGCUAUAGGAGAUAACGUCAGGUCAGUUUUAUAUUAUAGUUUGAGAUUGUUCUUGAAUUCCAUGUUUUUUUUUUUGUGGCUAAUUCUUCAGAAUAAAUGGCUUCUUUCUUUCAUGGAGAAUCUAAUAUGAGAGAACCCUCUUCUGAUCUUUUUAUGAUGAAUCUGAAUCCAUUCCCCGAGCCGACGAUAACCACUAAUGCUCAUAACUAUCACUCCUACAACUUGUGCUUUGGGUCUCAACAACAUGGACCUCGAGAUGAAGUAGAAGAUCAUAUAGUACAAGUAAAUUCUUCUGUCUCUACGUAUUCAUACGAAGAAGUCUUCAGGGGUUUGACUCCGAUCUACUUGAGAGCUGCUCAACAAUUGCUCAAUGAGAUUGUCAAUGUUGGAAACGGUAGCCCUGGCGCCAAACAAGAAUCAAUAAUGAGUAAAGAGUCAGCGAUUUAUGGAAAAGGGGACAUCGUUGGUGGCCAUAAGCCUGGCGUGGCGGCUUAUCGCCAGGAGUUGGAGAUGAAGAGAGGAAAGCUCAUCUCCAUGGUGGAAAAGGUUGAACAAAGAUACAAGCAAUACCAUGACCAAAUGCAGACUAUAAUCUCAUCGUUUGAGCAAGAAGCGGGUUUAGGCUCAGCAAACCCGUACACACAUACGGCGUUACAAACAAUAUCAAAGAAGUUUCGUGUUGUAAGAGACAUGAUUUGUUUGCAAAUCAAACACGUAAACAAGCUGUUGGGGAAAAAGGAAUCUGACGAGCAGCUUAUGCAUUUGGGGAAGAUGGCACAUCACCAUUCAAAUGCUUGGAGACCGCAAAGAGGUUUGCCCGAAAAAGCUGUUUCCAUUCUACGAGCUUGGCUCUUUGAGCAUUUUCUUCAUCCAUAUCCGAGGGAUUUGGAUAAGGUAAUGCUUGCCAAACAGACUGGACUUACUAAGAGUCAGGUGUCUAAUUGGUUCAUAAAUGCUCGAGUUCGAGUGUGGAAGCCAAUGGUGGAGGAAUUGUAUUUGGAAGAAAUGAAUAUUGAAGAAAGCAGAAAAGGAAGUAACCCAAAUGAACAUAGUACCAACGGUUCAUCUUCUAAGCAACCUUACAAUAAUUCCACUUCAGAUGAAUCUUCGAACUCGAUCUUACCCACCUUUUAUCAAGGAUUCAAUGAAAACGGAACCCCUAUGCCAAAUUUAUCCUCAAGUUGCUCUAUAGGAAGGUUCAGGAAGCAACACAUGAAUCAAGCUAACUUCAUCCAUUUCAAUGGAGGGUUUGAAAACUAUCACACAAUGGUUGGAAAUGGCGUCUCCCUUUCUCUUGGCCUGCCUCAUUCUUGCGACCAAACCUUUAACAACAUUCAGUUCGGAUCGACAAGUCAUGGAACUGAGAUCUCGGGCAUAUAUCCCUCUUCAACUUAUCAAAUCAUGGAUUAGAACAAAUCAAUAGUGAUGAUAUAUUUUAUGCUUGUUUCUUACGUAUGUAUUUUGUGUAUAGCCUUGGCCUUUUGAUGGUGUCGAGAAAUGGAUGUGUUAAUAGGUGUGUUUAGAUGGAGAAGAGAUGAUUUAAGUAUAGGUUUUGAUAAAAAUGUAGAUAACCAUACCAAGAUAAAGAAACUAGGUCUAGUAUGUGGCUUUAUACAGUCAAGUCUAAGUUAGUUUUGCUACGAAGAUGUUGAUCAAGACGUUGAUUCGUUGAUCACGAUGGCAAAACAAUGAAGGCUUGACAUAUAUAUGGGUGUAAAUGAAAAUUAGAUCAACCAUGAGAUCCAUGUUAUGUCUUUAUGAAUGUAUGUGUUUGCAUAUGU